AUCGAUCCCAUCAAUACGAUCCAUCAUCGUGACCCCUCACCCGUUGGACCUCCGUUUAACCUGCGGUCAAGACCACCCGAUCCCCGUCGUGGCGUCAAGACUAUUCCCAAAGUAGCCGUCCCCGCACGCCUUCACCCCCCCUGUCGACGCAAGGACUAAGGUCAUGGCGUGCUCGAUGUCAGCAUUUGCGUGCUGCCGGAGCCAGUCAUAUCGCAGCAGUCGAGCCGUGUUGGCAUCAGGUGGAUGGACAGUUUGGAAUGGGGCGUCUCUCUUUGCUUUUGAUUUAGCAUGCCGUGCUCGCGCCAAGAGGAAUGCUGUGCCGUGCUUGUUUCCUCGAUUUUAAAGUAUUUCUUGUCCAACUUCUUGGAAGAGUGGGUAUACGUUUGACGCGUUGUCGAGGGAAUUACAUCCCUUGAAUCGGAUGGGAUAAACACUCGCCAUGGGACUGAAAGGGACUCCGCUCGGGAUCUUCCGAGCUUACUUCUUUGGAUUCUUUGUUUGUACCGCGGGAUUCUUGUUCGGAUAUGAUACCGGCAUCGUGGGAGGCAUCCUCACCUUCAAAUCCUACCAAAAUGACUUCGGCUACGGCGACCAAACGACCGUCAACGCCGUGAUGGUCAGUCUCCAAAAUGUCGGUGCCUUCAUCGCCGCGCUGGGCAUCUUCCCCGUCUCGGAGCGCUACGGUCGUAAGAUAACCGUCCAAGUCGCCAUGACGCUCUUCUGCGUCGGUGUCAUCCUGCAGGUCGUGCCCUCGCACUCCCUCGUGUGCUUCUACAUCGGUCGCGUGGUGUCGGGACUGGGGCUCGGCGCCGGCACCGCCGUCGUCCCCGCUUAUAAUGCUGAGAUGGCACCUAAGGAGAUUCGCGGUAUGCUAGGCUCCGGCAUGCAGUGGCUGUUUGCGCUGGGCGUCAUGGUGAGCUACUGGAUUGAUUAUGGUGUUAAGGUUGGUCUGCCUGUGUCGUCGAAGCAGUGGCAGAUCCCCGUCGGGUUGCAGCUAGUGCCGGCUGCGGUGCUGGGGUUGGGACUGAUCACCCAGCCGGAGAGCGUGCGAUGGCUGGUCAAGAAAGAGCGGUAUGAUGAGGCGUGGGCGAGUUUGACCUGGAUGCGCGCGGACGAUGGCGACGCCGUCAAAGCCGAGUUCAACGAAAUCCGCGUCGGCCUCGCGGAAGAGCUCCGCGCGACAGAAGGCCUCCGCAAGCGCGAGCUCCUCGAGAAAUCCAACAUCUACCGGCUAGUCCUCGUCUUCGGGAUCUUCCUCGGCCAGCAAUGCACAGGCAUGACAGCGCUCGCGUACUUCGGCCCGCAAUUCUUCAAGCUCAUCGUCGGCGACGACACGAACCAGUCCCUGCUCAUCACGGGCCUCUUCGGCGCAGAGAAGUUUGUCAUGGUCGGGAUCUACAUCCUCUUCUUCUCCGAGAAGUGGGGCCGCAAGCCUACCCUUUGGAUCUCCGCCCUCCUAAUGGCGACCUGCUUCAUCAUCGUCAACGUCGUGACCGAAACAACCCCCAAGCCCCAAGGCGAGACCACCUCCGCAGGGAUCGGCACAGUCGCCAUGAUCUUCCUCACGAACUCCGUCUACCAAUUCUCAUGGGGCCCGCUCCCGUGGCCAUACACGGCGGAGAUCUUCCCGUCGCGGAUCCGCGAGGUCGGCACGUCGGUGGCGGUGUCGACGCAGUGGCUGUUUAACUUUUUGUUUUCGCUGGUGACGCCGUAUAUGAUUGCCUCGUGGGGCAGCUACACGUUUACGUUUUAUGCGGUGUUGGAUGUGAUCAUGGCUGUUAUGGUGUUUUUCUUUGCGAAGGAGACGAAGGGGAGGAGUUUGGAGGAGAUGGAGACGCUGUUUGAGAGUAGGGCGGCUUUUGAUGUUGAGGCUGUUCGGAACAAGGCGUUGUCUGUUUAUAGGGAGGGGGCUGUAGAGGGAGAGAGGGAAGAGGAUGGGGAGGGAGGGGGAGAGGAGGUGGAGAGGGUGGAUGUUAAGGCGAGUAAGGCCGUGCCGUGA